AUGUCCGUCGGCGCUCAAAUUAAGGCUUUGUCUUUUUCUUUGCUUUUUCUCAUUUUGGACUACCUCAAAAAUUUGAGGAAGAAGUUUUUCGCGCAUUUUAUCAACAGCUUCAUGGAUGGUUACAACCAGCUAAACGACGAGCUCAAGAAAAAGCAUUUUGAGUCGCUUGGCAACGUUCAAUCAAAAUCCGAACCUCUGCGGGGAGCAAAUAAGUUCUCAUUGGUCGAAGUUGGCGUUGGUAGCGGUGCCAAUUUCAAGUAUUUGCCCAGCAACUGUGUGAUGACGGUGGUUGAUCCCAACCCGCAUUUCCAAAAGCUUUUCGAAGAGAAUAAGAAGAAAUUUCCUGAAAUUGAAGUGUCUAAAUUCAUCGUGGCCGCUGGUGAGGACAUGCAUGAAAUCCCGGACAAUUCCGUGGACGUCGUCGUCGUCACACUGGUAUUAUGCAGUGUUCAGUCGCAAGCUGCGUUUCUCAGUGAAGUAAAACGAAUUUUGGUACCCGGUGGAAAAUUCUACUUCUGGGAACACAUUGGUGAUACGCAGGGUACUUUGAUGCAGCGGACCCAGGUGGUUGGGGAUUAUAUUUGGCCCUAUAUUUUUGAUGGCUGCAGAAUUGCGAGGAACUCUACUGAGGAAAUUGAAAGAUCUGGGUUCAGUGGGUGCAACUCGACGAAGUUUUAUGUCAGGGCUCCGGAUACUGCGUACUUCUUUCAGCGAUGGAUUUUGAACUACUUCAUUGGCUCGCAUGUUCGUGGCGUUGCCACGAAAUAG